AUAGAGAAAAGCAUUUUAUUUCGGACGAAGUGGACAUACGGAUCUCUGAGCACGGAUCACGGCGAGCGCGGAAAGCGGAACACGGACGAACUGCUCAAGCGGAAUCAAUAGGAAUCAAUACAUCGGUACAAGUGCUGGUCAACACAGAGCAAUGGCCGAAGUGCGACGCAGAAAGGGCGAGGAGGAGCCCCUGGAGGAGACCGCGAUCUCCGGAACCGGAGGAGCCAUCAAGCGGAAUUCCUCCGCCGCCGAUUCCUCGGACCAUGUGGACUCCGAGGAGGAGAAGAUUCCCGAGGAGAAAUUCGUCGACGAUUUGGCCAAGAAUCUGCCGCAGGGAACCGACAAGACACCCGAGAUACUGGACUCGGCUUUAAAGGACCUGCCAGAUCGAUGGAAGAAUUGGGUCAUCCGUGGCAUUUUCACUUGGAUCAUGAUCUGGGCCUUUGCACUGAUCAUCUAUGGCGGACCGCUGGCCUUGAUGAUCACGACUUUGCUGGUCCAGGUGAAGUGCUUCCAGGAGAUCAUCUCAAUUGGGUACCAGGUGUAUCGGAUUCACGGCUUGCCCUGGUUCCGAAGUCUCUCCUGGUACUUCCUCCUCACCUCCAACUACUUCUUCUACGGGGAGAAUUUGGUUGACUACUUUGGCGUUGUUAUUAAUCGAGUGGAAUACCUCAAGUUCCUCGUGACCUAUCAUCGCUUCCUGUCCUUCGCCUUGUACAUCAUCGGUUUCGUUUGGUUUGUCCUCUCGCUGGUGAAGAAGUACUACAUUAAACAGUUCAGCCUGUUCGCCUGGACUCACGUCUCCCUGUUGAUUGUCGUCACCCAGAGCUACCUCAUCAUCCAGAAUAUAUUCGAAGGCCUUAUUUGGUUCAUCGUACCUGUCUCGAUGAUUGUAUGCAAUGAUGUCAUGGCGUACGUAUUCGGUUUCUUCUUUGGACGCACGCCCCUCAUUAAGCUCAGCCCCAAGAAGACCUGGGAGGGCUUCAUUGGGGGUGGCUUCGCCACCGUUCUCUUUGGCAUUCUGUUCUCCUACGUGCUGUGCAACUACCAGUACUUCAUCUGCCCCAUCCAGUACUCGGAAGAACUGGGUCGCAUGACCAUGUCCUGUGUGCCCAGCUAUCUGUUCACACCGCAGGAAUACAGUCUUAAGUUGUUUGGCAUUGGCAAAACUGUAAGUCUCUACCCUUACAUCUGGCACUCGAUCUCCCUGAGCCUGUUUAGCUCCAUAAUUGGACCCUUCGGCGGCUUCUUCGCCUCCGGAUUUAAGAGAGCUUUCAAAAUUAAGGACUUUGGUGACAUGAUUCCCGGACAUGGCGGCAUCAUGGAUCGUUUCGACUGCCAGUUUCUCAUGGCCACCUUCGUCAACGUUUAUAUAUCUAGCUUCAUCAGAACUCCGUCGCCUGCGAAGUUACUGACCCAGAUUUACAACCUUAAACCUGAUCAACAAUACCAAAUUUAUCAGUCGCUCAAGGACAACCUGGGCGAUAUGCUAACCUAAGCUUAAUCGGUUAUCAGUUAGAUUCGGACAAGAUGUUUGCUUUAGUCGUACGAUCUAUAUACAAUGCCGAAAUUUCUAUAUAUACAUUGAUAUAUGUAUAUUUGUAAGCAAACGGGCAAGCACUUUCGAGCAGCCACAUAAAAUAAGUUAAUUAUGGGCAUAAUUUUUGUUAUGUUUUUAGUCCUUAGUUAGAUUUUGUUGCUACAUUUUAAAUACUUUCCUAAGUUAGUACUUUCAUUUACUUGCAUUAAGUUAUACCGAUUGUGUUGGCAGAACUCUACAUAGUGCAAUCGAAUUUUUAAGCAAUUCCAUUAAUUUUAAUGCCCCAUGCCCAACUGACAGGCGUUACAUCCAACGCAAGGCAAAGCAAACAGAAUAACUAUGAAUUUAAUAUCGACUAUGUGUGUGUGCGUGUUGUUAGUGAAUUUACUUACUAUUACUAUAACUUAGCGAUGAUCAAGAAGGCAGCGCCGGAAUCUGGAGAUUAGCAUAAUUAAAGCGCAUUUUAGUUAAUUAAUUGAGGGACGAGGAGACAGAACUACCAGAAAAGCGUCUGUAAUGCUGUAAUUCUAUAUAGUGCAAUAUGUAGACCGUAAACGAUUGAUUUAACAAAUUCAAUAUUUAUUUUAUACAAUGUAUCAGCAUCAUCCUCAACCCGCGACACUUUCUCAAAAAGUAAAUAGAUGAUAUAUAAUCGGUUACUUAUAAAUCCUGUUAUACGAGUAUCUGUAUGGCAUUUACAAAAGAAAUGCAAGACGACGACGUAUUAAUGAACUAAGUGUACAAAGAUUUCAACUUAAAAUCUUACAGUCUCUAUGUUAAAUAUAUAUAAAA